CUUUCUCGUUUCGACCAUACACAAAAACACACUGACUUCACCAGUCACUCACUCAUAGGCACAACUUUCUUCUCUCCAUAUAUAUGCCCACUUGAGAGAGAGAGAAAGAGAGAAAAUUUAGCGGAAAUUUAUUAUUGAGAGAGAGUGAGGAAGGCAUUAAUGGAGGGAGCUGAAAACCAUAGCAAUGGGGAAGAAGAAAUUCAAGGUUCGAGCUUGACGAUGGAGAAAGUUGCUGCUGCUAAACAGUACAUCGAGAAUCACUACAAAAAUCAGAUGAAAAGCAUACAGGAAAGGAAAGAAAGGCGAUGGGUAUUAGAAAGGAAGUUGGCGUCUUCAGAUGUGCCCAAAGAGGAACAAAUAAAUUUGCUUAAAGAUUUAGAAAGAAAGGAAACCGAGUUUAUGCGAUUGAAAAGGAAUAAGAUAUGCGUGGAUGAUUUUGACCUGCUUACCAUUAUAGGUCGUGGAGCCUUCGGUGAGGUCCGAUUAUGCCGAGAGAAAAAAACCGGCAAUAUUUAUGCCAUGAAGAAGCUGAAGAAAUCCGAAAUGCUCUCAAGAGGACAGGUGGAACAUGUGAGAGCAGAGAGGAACCUAUUGGCAGAAGUGGCCAGCCAUUUCAUAGUUAAAUUAUAUUACUCUUUUCAAGAUGCUGAGUAUUUAUAUCUCAUCAUGGAAUAUCUCCCUGGCGGCGACAUGAUGACUUUGCUGAUGAGAGAAGACACACUUUCUGAAAGUAUGGCUAAGUUUUACAUUGCUCAAAGCGUGUUGGCCAUUGAGUCCAUUCACGAGCAUAAUUAUAUUCACAGGGAUAUCAAACCAGAUAACCUUCUACUUGACAAAGAUGGACACAUGAAGCUCUCUGACUUUGGUCUUUGCAAGCCACUUGAUUGUAGAACAUUAUCUACGGUGAAUGAAAAUGAGGCCAUGGAUGAUGAAAAUAUAAGAGAACCAAUGGAUAUUGAUGGCCGCUUUCCCGAUGCUGCGAAUGGUAGUAACUGGAGAAGCCCUCGCGAACAACUUCAGCACUGGCAAAUGAAUAGGAGAAAGUUGGCUUUUUCCACUGUAGGUACCCCAGACUAUAUUGCUCCAGAAGUUUUGUUGAAGAAAGGAUAUGGUGUGGAGUGUGACUGGUGGUCUCUGGGAGCAAUUAUGUAUGAAAUGCUUGUUGGCUACCCUCCUUUCUAUUCUGAUGAUCCCAUGACCACUUGCAGGAAGAUAGUUCAUUGGAGAAAUCACCUGAAAUUUCCUGAAGAUGCCAAACUGAGUCUUGAGGCAAAAGAUCUCAUUUGCCGUUUGCUUUGUGAUGUUGAACAUAGGCUUGGUACUGGUGGAGCUUUCCAGAUAAAGGCUCACCCUUGGUUUGCGGGUAUAGAAUGGGAUAAACUGUAUGAAAUGGAAGCUGCCUUUAAACCAGAAGUUAAUGGAGAGCUGGAUACUCAGAACUUUAUGAAAUUUGACGAAAUAUAUCUUAAUCCAAAAGACUUGAGCUUUGUGGGGUAUACAUACAAGAACUUCGAUGCUCUCAAGGCACUACAUCAUACGAGGAGCACAUCUCCAAGCCGCCCAUCCAUCAAUUCCAUAUUUGGCGAGUCGGUAGGAGCUCAUAAAGGGAGAGCAACAAGCAAUGGAACAGAUGUACAAAUGACGACGUCAUUUGAUGAUUUAAGAGUAAAAAUAGUGCAAGAUGAUGGAACCUGGCUGCCCAGUGUUAGUGGAAGACUCAUGUGA